AUGGCUGCUAAACCAGGCAUCCUCACUGACUGGCCAUGGAAACAUCUUGGAAGCAGGUUCAAGUACAUAGUGUUGGCACCAUGGGUGGUGGAUAGCAUGUAUACUGCAUUGAAGAUGAUGAGCAAAUCUACAUCAACAAUAGCAGAGGAAGACAUCAGCAGGGACGAUGACACGAUGAUAUACUUGAUCAUCUUGCCACUUCUUUUGUGGAGGACAAUUCAUGCCCAGAUUUGGACAAGCUAUGCUCGUUUUAAAACUUCCAAAGCUAAGAACAGAAUAAUUGACAAGCCCAUUGAGUUUGAACAAGUUGACAGAGAAAGUAAUUGGGAUGAAAAUAUCAUACUAAAUGGAGUUUUAUUCUACUUGGGUUGUAAAUGGGUACCUGCUGCAUCUAUGGAGAACUCACCAAUGCCAUUUUGGAGAACAGAUGGUGUAGUCAUCACAAUCCUAAUUCAUAUGGGUCCAGUUGAAUACCUAUACUACUGGCUUCACAGAGCUUUGCAUCAUCAUUUCCUUUACUCUCGCUAUCAUUCUCACCAUCACUCUUCCAUUGCCACUGAACCCGUCACAUCUGUUAUACAUCCAAUUGGGGAGCUAGUCAGUUAUUUUGUACUCUUUUUUAUACCAAUAUUAACAGUGAUUCUCACUGGGACGGCAUCAAUAGUAGCUAUCGUUGGUUACACCACUUACGUUGAUUUCAUGAACUACUUGGGUCACUGCAACGUCGAAUUGGUCUCAAGUUCUGUCUUCAGAUUCUUUCCCUUUCUAAAGUACCUCUUUUAUACACCAUCGUUUCAUUCCCUUCAUCACACUCAGUUCCGCACAAAUUACUCGUUGUUCAUGCCAGUCUACGAUUACCUAUAUGGAACCUUGGAUACUUCUAGUGAUGAAUUGUACACAGCCUCAAUAAGAAAGAGUGAUAAACAACCAGAUGUUGUUCAUCUUGCACAUCCAACAACACUCAAUUCGGUUUACCACAUGAGACUAGGACUGGCUUCCUUAGCAUCAAGAACCUAUAAUCCUAGUACUACUAGUACCCAGUGGUAUUUGAUGUUGGCAUGGCCAUUGACACGCAUGUGGAAAGUCUUGUUUGGUUACAUCAGUUCUUUUGUUGUUGAGAGGAACACUUUCAAUGGAAGAAUAAGCCUUCAGACUUGGGUUGUACCAAAAUAUGCUUUCCAAUACAAGUUAACCUCAGAAAGAAAGAAGAUCAAUGUCUUGAUUGAGGAAGCCAUACUAGAAGCUCAAAAGGCUGGUGUUAAAGUCAUCAGCUUACGUCUUUUGAAUCAGGCUGAAGAACUGAACAAGAAUGGUGAGGCAUAUAUCGCAAAACACCCAACUAUGAAGAUUAGAGUUGUGGACGGAAGUAGUCUAACUGUUGCUCUGGUGGUCAACAACAUUAUCAAGAUCAUCCCUCAAGGAGCCAGCAAACAAGUGACAAUGAAGGGAAAAUUCACAAAAAUAGCAUAUACAAUUGCCUUUAUUUUAUGUCAAAGAGGUUAUCAAGUAAUUGUCCCAUGUAUGGAUGAAUUUGAAAAGCGCAAAAUAAAGUUUAAGACCAUGAUGAUGGAGAACACAAUGUCACUAACAUCCGACGAUCGUAGUAAUUUAAACCUCUCAACAACUACAAAUCAUCAGGUGUGGCUGGUCGGUGACGGAUUUAGUGACGACGAUCAGACAAAUGCACCGGCAGGGACAUUCUUCAUCCCAUUUUCGCAAGUUCCUCCAUGGAUUGGGAACUUAAAAACUAUGCGUAAAGAUUGCGUCUACUUUAAUACACCGGCAAUGACAGUUCCUUCUGAAAUCGAAAACAUUCAUUCUUGCGAGGACUGGUUGCCAAGAAGGGUAAUGAGCACGUCGCGAAUAGCAGGAACAGUUCAUGCAUUGGAAAAUUGGGGCUGGCAUGAAUGUGGUAGCAACUCGUCAAUCACACUGGAGGCCGUCGAGAAAGUAUGGGUUGCAAGUUUGCGACAUGGAUUCUGUCCUUUGGUACACCGAAAGUAA